AGGAACUCAAACCCAUAGAUAUAUAAAGACCGAUCAUAUUCGGUUUCUUGUGCACUUCGAAACAUCAAAACAUUACACAUAACGAGCCGGCUCUCAACCCUUCCUCACUCCAUUCAGACGCCAAUUUCGCCGCCCAAAUAUACCCGGGUCUUUCACAAUGCAACUCACGUUCGUAAUCGGCCUCUUUGCCAUUGUCCCGGCAGUUUUGGGUGCUCCUAUCUUGACUAAAGACGAGGCCGCGGCAGCUCAACUUAAAAGCAGAAUUCCUGCCCCAAGCGAGCAAGUUUCGAGUAUGAUCUUGGCCUACAACGACGAUUUGUCUGUGCCGGAAUCGGCAGAUGUGACCCCUAGGGCGGCUGUUGCGAGCGACAAGGUUCUGAACAUGAUUCUUGCCUAUAAUGAUGAUUUGUCCGAUGCGGAUGAAUAGAUUUUGGCGAUCCAGAGAGUGAGAUGAGUGGAGGCGGGGCGAAAUUUGCCUUUGAUUGGUUGUUCGUGGUUAGAUUUGAGUUGGUUGAAUGCUUCGGCAAAAUCAUCAUGAUCUUGAUUUGUAAUUCAAUCUAGAACUUUGCGGUACAUAUGUAUCACACCAUAUAUGGAAGUAGAAACUACAGGCAUCUUCAACC